GAUGCCUCUGACGAUGUAUCACGCGGCACCUCUUGUGACUUGUUCGUCUUUCGUCGGCCAACCAAGAAUAAAACAGUGUUCUAAUUCUACUCAGAAGUUGUCCGGGUAAGUGUUAGAUUUUUGGGGAUAUAGGCUAUUUGAUAGCUGAUAAAAAUGUUUGCAUUUUCCAUAUAUCACCGACGUAUAUAGGCCUGUGUUGCAAUAGUUUAGAAGUUGUCAGUGACAGAGUGCAGACCACUGUGUGGAAUGAAUGUCAACAAUAGCCUACUGAAUGAAGCUUAUGUCUGACUACUCGUCCUAAAUUUAAUUCCGCUGCUCUAUGAUCGCUCCAUUCAUUCAUCAUGGAGAAGAAACGCUAGUUUGGCCGGAGCGAUCCGGCUACUGAAGCCUAGCUUACUUCUAUUCAACGCAUAGGAUAGGUCUAAUUAACAUUUUCCUUUUGUAAAGGCGAGAGUUUGUUACUUUAACUUCCUCAUGAAAAUCCUGGUGUUAUAUCUACACUAUUCCCAAAUGUAUCUUAAGCUCUUCACAACAACUAAUUAAAAUGCUUUUUUACUCUAUUGACUGCAAAGGCAACCUUAUAUGCAAGUUUGUUGUUCUCUAACUAAUCGUCUGAGACUCAAUCAAUAGUGCAAUGUCAGUCUGGAGCCACUCAAUAGCAAUAUUUGUAGCAUUGAUCUAUUUAGUGCUAAUUCUUGCCACAAUAGCCAAAAUAUUUUGAUAUUACACAAACAUAUGGCUAACUUUGAACUUGUAUCAAAUGCGAACACAGUAUCAGGCCAUAUCUCAUGGUAAAGAGAAGAGAAAGUAGCUGAUUAGCAUCUGUGAAAUCCAAACAGUAGCAAGUAGAGAGCAACAUUUGGAUUGCAAUAAUCUCGUUUAACCCAGAAUUGAAAUCUUGCAUUAUUAUUAUCUCGACGAGAGAUUAGGAUUGCAAUGAUACAUUUAAUGUAUUAAGUGCCCUUUGACCUCUGGUUGAUGCUCAUAUUUAUAUUUCCAGGUGUGUGCUGCUGCAUAGGUCUUGACCUAAUGUGGUCAGAAAAAGGCUUUUUCUAUUUUUAGAGGUUUAUAACACAUGUAUUAUGUUUUUCAGAGUGAAGAUGGUGUGGGUUCUACUUUUAGUGGCCUUCCUGACCACCGGGGCGGUCCAGUGUCAGAGAUCCUCGCUGCAAGAUAGGAAAAGACUGGACCCAGAGGUCAACAUGAACAUUGUGAGUUGGAUAAAAUCAAUAACAGAAGCUGUGUUCUCGGAAACAAAGUUGUCAAAUACUGACAAAUUGUAUUUAUCCAAACAGUUUUUUUUUUCCAGACAGGCUUCAAACUGUUUUAAUGCCAUCCAUAAAUAACUGAAUACACUAGUGGACUUCAUGGUUCAUAGAGCUCAUUAACAAUUCAUAGAACUAGGCAAUCUUCUGGGCCACACAAGCAAAUAUUAGUCAUGGUGGUUACCUCACAUUCUGCCCUUUGUCCUCCAUAUAUCCCAUGAGUCAUUUCAAGGAAAGUCAUAACAUAUGAUAGUAGGGCUGUUGCGGUGACUGUUUUACUGCCAUACCGGCAAUCACUAGUCAUGACCACAGUCAAAUUAGUAACUAGGCUUCUCCAAAACUGCGCCCUGAUGCCACUGAUGGUCUUCGGUAGCCUACCAAACUUGCUAACUGCCAGUCGCUAAUGGCCUGGUACUCAGCGCUCUAUUGUCCCUCUAAUCACUCUGACAUCAAUGCAAUUGAAAAUCAAAUCAAACACUUCAUGAGAGCCCUGGCAUUCAGAGUUUGAACGGAAUAGGCUCACCUGUUGCACAGCAAGAGCCAGCUCCUCAUAGCUGGUUGAUGGAUGGAAUGAAAUAAGUGUUCCUAUAAGCCCAUGUUGCAUUUCUAUAGGCUAUGCUAUGCAAUUGCUUGAGAAAACAACAGAGUUUUGAUGGCCUCUAUUAAGAAGAGGAGGGUCCCAGCAGCUAUAGGCUAGGCCUACUAUAUUUAUUCCUCAACUUUCCUAAUAUUAAGCACAUUGCUUCGCUUUACAACCGGAGUAGCCUACCUGGUUGGCAUGAAAAUGAACCGCGAGAAAAGCGUCCUCCUUUCGCUAUUCAAGUGCAUAUGGAUGAUUAUUUUGUUUUGCCCCUGUUCCGACAGGUGCAUGAUAAUGGCCCAUUCUAAAUCAAAACUAAUUUUACACAUAUAAUAUGACAUGACAAGAUUAAAUUGAGAAUAGUCUGAUGGGUGAGAAUAUUAUCCAGUGAAUGAUGCCCAGUGUGUGCAGUCUAAGGCAAGAAUCAGCGCAUGCAUUUUUUUGCGACUUAUUCAAAUGAUAGUCGCAUGAAUCAUGUAGCCUAGCCCAUAGGCCUAUAUGUUUUGAUAAGAUAAAGUGGCCAAAUAACUUUACGCAUAGACUAUAAGCCUAGGACCCCUGGAACAGGGUUGGAGAUCCCAAAGCCUACAGAGCAUAGUGAAGUUCUUGUAAGAGGAUCCAAGCUUUCUCAUGCUGCUAUAGCCUAUUUAUUGCUCAAUUCUUAAAAUUAAGCACAUACAUUCACUUUACAACCGGUGUAGACUACCUGCACAAAAAAAACUGCUGGGUUACAGGCGUUUGGUCACUUAGUUGGGUUGUUUUCUUUAAAAACUGCUGGGUUAUUGAUGCUGGGUUAUUGUUGCUGGGUUACUGAGCUAUAGACUAGAGGCAUAGUUUAGUAGGUGCGUGGCUUUCAGAUAGUUAUUUUUAGCCACCCAGGAGAGUAAAUGCCAUUCCUGUUCAUCUGUUCUGUUCUGUAGACUGGUUGGUUGUUUAGCUACGAAACCGACGCGUGCACAACUAUUGGGCAAAACAGACAGUGUUGGCUUAGAUCGUUUACAACAUUUAAGCUAUAUUUAGUCUCCAAUGUUUAUUGAAACAUAAAUACAUUUGCACAAUGAGCACUUGUUGUCUCUCAAAUACAUUGUUACAGUUGUUGGUUAGCUAGCUAGCGAAUUUUUGCCAUAUUAGCAUUGACAUGAAAUCAGUCAAAACACCUCAAAGCAAGACAUGGUAUCAAGAACAAGAUGAAUUGAGCUGAAACAAGCCACUUACGAUUCCCCAAAUGGCAGUUUCUUGUCAUUCUUGCUAGCAAUCUGGCCAUCCAGAAUCACAACAACACGUCCCAUGGAAGCACGCACAUUUUUUUGUGACAUUGUCAGCUAACCCAUCUAUAGUUAUCACAUGUUAAGGUUGAACAUUUACAUUUUUGUAGCUUCAAUGAGGCUUACAGCAGUGUGUAAGUUCCCUAAAAGCCUAUUUAAAUCCCAUUGUUGGGAUACAAUAAGGGGGUAUACCUUAUUAUAAUAUCUAAUAAUUAAUCUUAAUGUUAUAGAAGAACGUGUUAAAUGCCCAAAAUGUAAGGAACAUUUGAAUUUGCAUUAUGUAACCUUAACAUGAUGAACAGGAAUGACAUUUAUGCUCACGGGUCGCCAAUAAGAUCUAGCUGAAACCCACACCCCUAAUAAGCCACGCCUACUGGAAAUAACCUAAGGAUUUAAUUUAAAAAAGAACCAGCUGCUAGGUCAACCAAGCAUGAGAGUAAAAAUAUCCAAUUGAUGGUUAAAUUAACCUAUGUUUGGGUAAUCCCAACCACCCAACAUGUUGGGUUAUUCACGCAACUCAAAUGCCUGGGUCAAAAUAACCCAACGUAUUCUGUCCACUAUUUAACCAGUGCUGGGAUACCAAAUAACCUACAUUUGGUUGUUUUUAGCCCAUCGUUUUUUAGAGUGUGGCAUAUUAAAAACGUAACCGCUGGAAGCGCUUCCUCCAUUCGCUAUUUGAGUGCAGGCUACGGAUGACAUGUUUUUUUUUUGUGGGCCAUUCCAAACCCAAAAUAAUUCCACACAUAUAUUAGUAGGCUCUAUGUAAAGACCAUAUUACAUUGAGAAUAGUCUAAUGGGUGAGAAUAUUAUCAAGUGCUUGACAAAUUGUGAAUGAGAGACUGAUGAAAUGUGUGCAUGCAGCCUGCGCAAGAAAGAGAGCAGAGCGCACGCCUUUCAUGCAAAUUGUUUUUUCAAAUCAUCAUUAGUCGCAUCAAUGAUGCGGCAUCAUGCAGCCUUUGAAUGUAUUAGAAAUCAAAACAUUUAGCCUAACGUUUGUAUCACAACUAAAGUUGCAUAAAAGCCCGGAGAUGCCGAACAUGUUUACGUUAAUUAACGGACAAUUACCGUGAGACCGGCAGUUAUUUGCAUGGGAGUUACCUGCUGACAAAAUGCCAUGGGAAGUCCCUCUGUCGUGUAUUGAACUUCAGCAUUGAUGUAUCACUAGAUAGGACAAUAUUACACCCAUAUGAUAUACCUAAAACCUUCAGUCUGAGAUCUGCGCUAAUACAGUGGGGGGAAAAAAGUAUAUUAUAUAUUGAAUCUGCAAUAGGUAAGCAGCUUGGUUUGAAGAAAUCAACUGUGGGAGCAAUUAUUAGGAAAUGGAAGACAUACAAGACCACUGAUAAUCUCCCUCGAUCUGGGGCUCCACGCAAGAUCUCACCCCGUGGGGUCAAAAUGAUCACAAGAACGGUGAGCAAAAAUCCCAGAACCACACGGGGGGACCUAGUGAAUGACCUGCAGAGAGCUGGGACCAAAGUAACAAAGCCUACCAUCAGUAACACACUACGCCGCCAGGGACUCAAAUCCUGCAGUGUCAGACGUGUCCCCCUGCUUAAGCCAGUACAUGUCCAGGCCCGUCUGAAGUUUGCUAGAGUGCAUUUGGAUGAUCCAGAAGAGGAUUGGGAGAAUGUCAUAUGGUCAGAUGAAACCAAAAUAGAACUUUUUGGUAAAAACUCAACUCGUCGUGUUUGGAGGACAAAGAAUGCUGAGUUGUAUCCAAAGAACACCAUACCUACUGUGAAGCAUGGGGGUGGAAACAUCAUGCUUUGGGGCUGUUUUUCUGCAAAGGGACCAGGACGACUGAACCGUGUAAAGGAAAGAAUGAAUGGGGCCAUGUAUCGUGAGAUUUUGAGUGAAAACCUCCUUCCAUCAGCAAGGGCAUUGAAGAUGAAACGUGGCUGGGUCUUUCAGCAUGACAAUGAUCCCAAACACACCGCCCGGGCAACGAAGGAGUGGCUUCGUAAGAAGCAUUUCAAGGUCCUGGAGUGGCCUAGCCAGUCUCCAGAUCUCAACCCCAUAGAAAAUCUCUGGAGGGAGAUGAAAGUCCGUGUUGCCCAGCGACAGCCCCAAAACAUCACUGCUCUAGAGGAGAUCUGCAUGGAGGAAUGGGCCAAAAUACCAGCAACAGUGUGUGAAAACCUUGUGAAGACUUACAGAAAACGUUUGACCUGUGUCAUUGCCAACAAAGGGUAUAUAACAAAGUAUUGAGAAACUUUUGUUAUUGACCAAAUACUUAUUUUCCACCAUAAUUUGCAAAUAAAUUCAUGAAAAAUCCUACAAUGUGAUUUUCUGGAUUUUUUCUUCUCAUUUUGUCUGUCAUAGUUGACGUGUACCUAUGAUGAAAAUUACAGGCCUCUCUCAUCUUUUUAAGUGGGAGAACUUGCACAAUUGGUGGCUGACUAAAUACUUUUUUCCCCCACUGUAAAACCGAAAAAGCUAUACAAAAACGUGUCCCUGUAAAUUGCAGUAAAAUAUAUUUGCUCCAGUGUCUCUGUGUAAUUAUAAUACUAAUAAUACAAAGUAUUAUCAUUUAAUAAUCAUAAUUAUUAUUAUUUAUUAUUAUUAUUAAGGUGUAAUAAGCCUUGAAUUGAUCUUGGUUUGUUUGUAAGCUAAAAUAGUUUUGAUAGGCGUUCAUUAACUUUUCAAGAAUGGAUUUUAAGGGACAAGUGAGUGUUCAAUUAAAUGGUUAUUCUGUGUGCUUCGUGAUAUCAGUAUCAUUUGUGCUCCAGGAGCCCACACAGGCAUACAGUAGGUGAAAUAUUUGACAUGGCAAUCAAUCAAAUGCUUUCACCACAAUUUGUCAGAAAAUAUAUCAUGUGUGUUUAUUCAUAUCUGAGCUAUGCCAAUGAUAAAAUAAACGUGUGGAUUUGGGCCUGGUGCAUGUCAGUGGUUAACCUCAUAUCUUUGAUAAACACAAUAACACAAUGUCAUGAUCCUGAAUCUAGUAUGUGUCUAGUUGUGGUCCUCUGUAGCUCAGCUGGUAGAGCACGGCGCUUAUAACGCCAAGGUAGUGGGUUCGAACCCCGGGACCACAUAUACACAAAAAAAUGUAUGCACGCAUGACUGUAAGUCGCUUUGGAUAAAAGCGUCUGCUAAAUGGCAUAUUAUUAUUUAUUAUAGUUAGUAUACAGUAUUUGUCAUUGGAAACUACACAGUCUCAGUGAUAUAAGCCUAAUACAAUUCCCAGUAGUAAUGGUUCUCACAUGCAAAUGUUUCUUUCUCCCAUUGUUGGCCUGCAAGCACAGACCCUCUCAAUUGCUCUUCUCCCCACACGUUUACGACAUUUAGCAGACGCUCUUAUCCAGAGCGACUUACAAAUUGGUGCAUUCAACUUAUGAUGAUUUGUUUUUUGGUGGGGGAGGGGGGGGGGUAGAAUGAUUACUUUUAUACUAUUCCAGGUAUUCCUUAAAGAGGUAGGGUUUCAAUUGACUCCGGAAGGUGGUCAGUGACUCCGCUGUCCUGGCGUCGUGGGGGAACUUGUUCCACCAUUGGGGUGCCAGAGCAGCGAAUAGCUUUGACUGGGCUGAGCGGGAACUGUGCUUCCGUAGAGGUAGGGGGGCUAGCAGGCCAGAGGUGGAUGAACGUAGUGCCCUCGUUUGGGUGUAGGGUCUGAUCAGAGCCUGAAGGUAAGGAGGUGCCGUUCCCCUCACAGCUCUGUAGGCAAGCACCAUGGUCUUGUAGUAGAUGCGAGCCUCAACUGGAAGCCAGUGGAGUGUGCGGAGGAGCGGGGUGACAUGAGAGAACUUGGGAAGGUUGAACACCAGACGGGCUGCAGUGUUCUGGAUAAGUUGUAGGGGUUUAAUGGCACAGGCAGGGAGCCCAGCCAACAGCGAGUUGCAGUAAUCCAGACGGGAGAUGACAAGUGCCUGGAUUAGGACCUGUGCCGCUUUCUGUGUAAGGUAGGGUCGUACUCUGCGAAUGUUGUAGAGCAUGAACCUGCAGGAUCGGGUCACCGCUUUGAUGUUAGCAGAGAACGACAGGGUGUUGUCCAGGGUCACGCCAAGGUUCUUUGCACUCUGGGAGGAGGCCACAAUGGAGUUGUCAACCGUGAUGGCGAGAUCAUGGAGCAGGCAGUCCUUCCCCGGGAGGAAGAGCAGCUCCGUCUUGCCGAGGUUCAGCUUGAGGUGGUGAUCCGACAUCCACACUGAGAUGUCUGCCAGACAUGCAGAGAUGCGAUUCGCCACCUGGUUAUCAGAAGGAGGAAAGGAGAAAAUUAAUUGUGUGUCGUCUGCGUAGCAAUGAUAGGAGAGACCAUGUGAGGAUAUGACAGAGCCAAGUGACUUGGUGUAUAGAGAGAAUAGGAGAGGGCCUAGAACUGAGCCCUGGGGGACACCAGUGGUGAGAGCCCAUGGUGCGUAGACAGAUUCUCGCCACGCAACCUGGUAGGAGCGACCUGUCAGGUAGGACGCAAUCCAAGAGUGAGCAGCGCCGGAGAUGCCCAACUCGGAUAGGGUGGAGAGGAGAUUCUGAUGGUUCACAGUAUCAAAGGCAGCAGAUAGGUCUAGAAGGAUAAGAUCAGAGGAGAGAGAGUUAGCUUUAGCAGUGCGGAGAGCCUCCGUGACACAGAGAAGAGCAGUCUCAGUUGAAUGACCAGUCUUGAAACCUGACUGGUUUGGAUCAAGAAGGUCAUUCUGCGAGAGAUAGCAGGAGAAUUGGCUAGAGACUGCACGCUCAAGAGUUUUGGAGAGAAAAGAAAGAAGGGAUACUGGUCUGUAGUUGUUGACAUCGGAGGGAUCGAGUGUAGGUUUUUUGAGGAGGGGUGCAACUCUCGCUCUCUUGAAGACGGAAGGGACAUGGCCAGCGGUCAAUGAUGAGUUGAUGAGCGAGUUGAGGUAAGGGAGAAGGUCUCCGGAAAUGGUCUGGAGAAGAGAGGAGGGGAUAGGGUCAAGCGGGCAGGUUGUUGGGCGGCCGGCCCUCACAAGUCGCAAGAUUUCAUCUGGAGAGAGGGGAGAAAGAAGUCAAAGCAUAAGGUAGGGCAGUGUGAGCAGGACCAGCGGUGUCAUUUGACUUAAUAAAUGAGGAUCGGAUGUCAUCAACCUUCUUUUCAAAAUGGUUGACGAAGUCAUCCACAGAGAGGGAGGGGGAGGAGGAUUCAGCAGGGAGGAGAAGGUGGCAAAGAGCUUCCUAGGGUUAGAGGCAGAGGCUUGACAUUUAGAGUGGUAGAAAGUGGCUUUAGCAGCAGAAACAGAGGAAGAGAAUGUAGAGAGGAGGGAGUGGAAAGAUGACACGUCCGCAGGGAGUCUAGUUUUCCUCCAUUUCCGCUCGGCUGCUCGGAGCCCUGUUCUAUGAGCUCGCAAUGAGUCGUCAAGCCACGGAGCAGAAGGGGAGGACCGAGCCGGCCGGGAGGAUAGGGGACAUAGAGAGUCAAAAGAUGCAGAAAGGGAGGAGAGGAGGGUUGAGGAGGCAGAAUCAGGAGAUUGGAGGGAGAAGGAUUUAGCAGAGGGAAGAGAUGAUAGGAUGGAAGAGGAGAGCGUAGCGGGAGAGAGAGAGUGACGGUUGCGACGGCACAUUACCAUCUGAGUAAGGGCAGAGUGAGUAGUGUUGGAGGAGAGCGAGAGAGAAAAGGAUACAGUGGGGAAAAAAGUAUUUAGUCAGCCACCAAUUGUGCAAGUUCUCCCACUUAAAAAGAUGAGAGAGGCCUGUAAUUUUCAUCAUAGGUACACGUCAACUAUGACAGACAAAUUGAGUAAAGAAUAUCCAGAAAAUCACAUUGUAGGAUUUUUAAUGAAUUUAUUUGCAAAUUAUGGUGGAAAAUAAGUAUUUGGUCACCUACAAACAAGCAAGAUUUCAGGCUCUCACAGACCUGUAACUUCUUCUUUAAGAGGCUCCUCUGUCCUCCACUCGUUACCUGUAUUAAUGGCACCUGUUUGAACUUGUUAUCAGUAUAAAAGGCACCUGUCCACAACCUCAAACAGUCACACUCCAAACUCCACUAUGGCCAAGACCAAAGAGCUGUCAAAGGACACCAGAAACAAAAUUGUAGACCUGCACCAGGCUGGGAAGACUGCAUCUGCAAUAGGUAAGCAGCUUGGUUUGAAGAAAUCAACUGUGGGAGCAAUUAUUAGGAAAUGGAAGACAUACAAAACCACUGAUAAUCUCCCUCGAUCUGGGGCUCCACGCAAGAUCUCACCCCGUGGGGUCAAAAUGAUCACAAGAACGGUGAGCAAAAAUCCCAGAACCACACGGGGGGACCUAGUGAAUGACCUGCAGAGAGCUGGGACCAAAGUAACAAAGCCUACCAUCAGUAACACACUACGCCGCCAGGGACUAAAAUCCUGCAGUGCCAGACGUGUCCCCCUGCUUAAGCCAGUACAUGUCCAGGCCCGUCUGAAGUUUGCUAGAGUGCAUUUGGAUGAUCCAGAAGAGGAUUGGGAGAAUGUCAUAUGGUCAGAUGAAACCAAAAUAGAACUUUUUGUUAAAAACUCAACUCGUCGUGUUUGGAGGACAAAGAAUGCUGAGUUGCAUCCAAAGAACACCAUACCUACUGUGAAGCAUGGGGGUGGAAACAUCAUGCUUUGGGGCUGUUUUUCUGCAAAGGGACCAGGAUGACUGAUCCGUGUAAAGGAAAGAAUGAAUGGGGCCAUGUAUCGUGAGAUUUUGAGUGAAAACCUCCUUCCAUCAGCAAGGGCAUUGAAGAUUAAACGUGGCUGGGUCUUUCAGCAUGACAAUGAUCCCAAACACACCGCCCGGGAAAAGAAGGAGUGGCUUCGUAAGAAGCAUUUCAAGGUCCUGGAGUGGCCUAGCCAGUCUCCAGAUCUCAACCCCAUAGAAAAUCUUUGGAGGGAGUUGAAAGUCCAUGUUGCCCAUCGACAGCCCCAAAACAUCACUGCUCUAGAGGAGAUCUGCAUGGAGGAAUGGGCCAAAAUACCAGCAACAGUGUGUGAAAACCUUGUGAAGACUUACAGAAAACGUUUGACCUGUGUCCUUGCCAACAAAGGGUAUAUAACAAAGUAUUGAGAAACUUUUGUUAUUGACCAAAUACUUAUUUUCCACCAUAAUUUGCAAAUAAAUUCAUAAAAAAUCCUACAAUGUGAUUUUCUGGAUUUUUUUUCCUCAUUUUGUCUGUCAUAGUUAAAGUAGUGGUCGGAGACUUGGAGAGGAGUUGCAGUGAGAUUAGUAGAAGAACAGCAUCUAGUAAAGAUGAGGUCAAGCGUAUUGCCUGCCUUGUGAGUAGGGGGGGACGGUGAGAGGGUGAGGUCAAAAGAGGAAAGGAGUGGAAAGAAGGAGGCAGAGAGAAAUUAGUCAAAGGCAGACGUAGGGAGGUUCAAGUCACCCAGAACUGUGAGGGGUGAGCCACACUGAGGUCAUGUGACAUUACAUUAUUUUUCAUACUCCCAUUUCCCUGUGUAAAACCAGACCCAAAUGAGGCAGAGCAGAACACCAAUUCUCCCCUCCACCCCUGGGCCUCUGAUACCACCUCAGUGUGUGUUGAACCAGGUGCAGGUUUAUCCUUAAGUGGCCCACAGUCAGUAGAAUGGGUAGACUGGGCAGUCUAGAGGGAGGCGAGAAUUGGUGAUGUGUAUUAAUUAUGCAUGGCUAGAUUGCAUGGCAGGCUUGGCCGGAACCCACAGGCUCACACACUUUCUUUUGAAGGUCCACAUGAGUGUUUAUAAUAUCUGGGAAGGGGCGUGUGGGCGGGAAUGCAACAGGGGAAGAAUGUACUUUUUAGUGACAAGCUGACUAGUAGAGGCAGCGGAAAUAAUAUUGUCUGCUUGAAUUUUACUGUAAUUUCACAGUGAGUAAAGUAUGUAAAUAGGGCUGUAAAAUAAAAUGUUACCAUAGAUACCCAUUCUGUCAGCAUUCAGAAUAUAUUUGACUGUUUGUUUGUUUGUGUCUUCUCUGUCCCACACAGAGUGAGAUCAUCAGGCAUUGGGGCUACCCGGCAGAGGAGUACGACGUCGUCACAGAGGACGGCUACAUCCUGAGCGUCAACAGGAUUCCACACGGUCUAAAGAAAGGUGAAGGUGUGUAUUAAAGGGUUCAUGGCUUUGGCCAUAGCAUGGGGUUAAUUAAUAUGGUCAGUGGCCUUAACUCUGCAUUCAUUUUUUAAAACACACAGUAGUAGUCUGCAAUGACAUGCACUUUGAAGAGUCAGGGCCUCAAGCCCUGUAAUCAGAUCCACAUAUCAAAGACCAACACACACACACACACACACACACAAACACCGUGACUAACAUCUGAAGUGCUGAUAUUUCCCACAUUGUCAAACAUUUGUACUGAGUCAAGAUCCUAAAUUUAAGUUGUCUUCAGCAUUCGCCACUCUGACAAGAGGACUCCAUUUCUAUAUUUUGCGAUUGCACCGCCCAGUCUACUCCUGACCUUUUGUUGUCAGAAGGUGGCUUUUCCUGUCAUCACAAGCUAUAAUAUCGCAUGCAUCCAGUGAGGCUGUCUAGCUGCAAAUAGUUUACCUCUAUGCUUCAAUCAUUUUGAACCCAGACGAUGAUUUAAUUGAAUUUCUGUGGCGUUUUUAUUUGUUUGGUAUUUCUCAUAAUCCGUCCCUAGCUUGAGCUGUUUCAAAUGUAGCUUGGAUCAUUUUCAACCAUCUAAUUUAUUAGGCUCUUGUUAAAAUGUAAUUACGGUGUAUUUUCAAUAUGUGAUGGGAAAAGUAAUAGUUACAGUAAUAAGGAGGAAAUUAUUAUAUGAUUUGAUUUAGUGCAUUAGGAAUGCAUAAUGUUAUUAAAAGUUUUAUAUUUCUUCUAAAGAGGCAGUUGUUGUCUUAUAAGUUUAGUCUAAAUACUGUGAUCCACAGCUUCUGUCAGACAGAGCCACACUCGCUCUCCGGUUCCUACAAAUCAGUAUUCAGUUUCUCUUUCCUUUGUUGCCCCUAUAUUUCAUUAAUGAGCAAAGUGAUUGCUAAACCUCACACUAAUCUCAUUGGGGGAAACCAUUUGAGUGCAAAACAAAUUCAGAGGCAAUAAACUAUGCUUUUUUCUGAACACAGUGUCUCAUAUCAUUCUGAACAAGAACACAUGUUCUCGAAUUUCAUGUUCUCUGUUAGUGAAUUUCAGUGCCUUGAGUAUUAAACACUGGCCUUGGCGCCAGCCUUGUUUUUACUCCAUUGGAUUACUUUCCAAAACAUGAAUUAGUAAAUGAACUACUUCAGUUGACCCUCUCCAAUGAUUUAAAAUGCAAAUUCAGUUUAGUAUUAAUAUUGACAUUGGUUUGUCAUUAGAAAUGCUUCAUAAACUAGCCAGGGGUUCCACUUGAAAGAUACCCCCCAAUACGAUGUGAUAUGCCAAGGUUUAGCUAGUCUGGGGAGUUAAAAAUCUCAAUAAUAUAUUCUGAUAUCCUCUAAAUAAGUAAGGAGCCAUCAUGUUGUUUGUAUCUCUUGAUGCCUCUUGCUCCCUGCUCAGUAGUAUGUGGCAGCACAUCCAGUCAGAGAGGCAGCGGGGCUCUGUGAUAGGCUGGAGAUGCAUCUCAUUUCCUGUUGUCCCACUUCCCCUGCUCACACGGGAGAGCGUCUGGAUCGCUCAAAGGAACACAGCAGAGCUGGAAUUAUUUCAGCCCCCAGAUGGGGUUUUGUUCUAAGAAUCGUGCUAGUUAGAAGAGCUAAUGUUGGAAAACUUUGAUCUUCAAUCUAGGAGAGAUACUGUAGAUUUGGUCUUCUUGCACACAUCUGCAUUGUAGAGAAGUGGUUGAGAAAUAUCAUUCAUAAUGUAUAUCAUUUGAACAGAUAACACUGUGUUUGACUAUACAUUAGACUAUUUUUUUAAACAAAAGCCCUCCUUGUCCCUUUGGCCCCUUUAGCUAUUGUAACAGUGAAUGAUAGUGUUUAAUACUAAAAUGAAAAAUUGAUGCUUAAUAAACACAUACACCCAUUUCACUAUAACACAAGUCAGGACAAAGCAUUGUGUGUGUGUGUGUGUCUCUCUCUUGGGAUCACCUGGGAGUUAUGUCAAAUCAAAAAAUCUCUCCAGCAGCAUGCUGCCUAUUCAAAUAAAAAGCAGUCUAGGCAACAGGGUAGGCUAGGGGUUCAUUCCCUAUAUCAAAGUUCAUUGGUCACGUACACAGAUUUGUAUGUGUUCUAGCAGGUGCAGCGAAAUGCUUAUGUUUCUAGCUCCAACAGUACAGUAGAGUGAUAGUAGCCAAUCCUAUCAUCUAAAGGUCUGUUUAUGCUACCAAAAAGAACAGCUCACAUCAUGUUUCUGACAGAUUUCAGCGAUUUUUAAAGCUGAGUGUGCAGAGCCACAAGGAGAAAGGCUCCCCUGCAGCUGGGAUGUACCAUAGCUUAGACAGACACGCCCUCUGGUGGUUACAGUCAACACAACACUUGAAUUAUGAAUAUAAUUUUUUUUUGUAACUAAACAGUUAGUUCUAUCCACUUUCAGUUGAUGUAUUUUUGGGCAUGUUGGAAUGUGAAUGGAUUCUUCAACCAUGUUUGAGAAGAAUGUAUAAAUAUUACAUAACCACUAGGUUAUGCCUGUGAUCCUUGCUUGACUUUUCCUAUGAAUAUGAUGCUCCUCACUUAGUAUCACCUCCAUAGCUUGUUACAGUAUUCACCCUAUAGCAUUAUGCUCAAUGAAGUCCAAUUUCUCAUCCUCCUAGAUCCCAAGCCUGCAGUGUUCCUCCAGCACGGUCUCCUGGCAGCGGGGAGUAACUGGGUGACCAACCUGCCCAACACCAGCCUGGCUUACCUGCUAGCCGACGCUGGCUACGACGUCUGGAUCGGCAACAGCAGGGGAAACACCUGGUCCAGGAGACACCUCACACUCAGCCCUGACCACAAUGAGUUCUGGCAGUUCAGGUAGCUACAAAGAUGAAUUCCACUUAUACUGAUCUUUGCUUGCGCUUCAGGCCAUGACUAUACACCUAGGUCUGGAUAUACACGAAAAUGGAUCGCUCCUACAGACAGAGAGUCACGUGGCUGUGGCUUGCUAUAUAAAGCAGGCAGACAGGCAUCGAGGCAUUCAGUUACUGUUCGAUUGAACGUUAGAAUGGGCAAAACGACUGACCUAAGUUACUUUGAUGUUUGAAAAAACAUCCAGUCAGCAGCAGUCCUGUGGGUGAAAACGGCUCAUUAAUGAGAGGUCGAAGGAGAGUGGCAAGAAUCGUGCAAGCUAACAGGCGGGCCACAAACAGACGAAUAACGGCGCAGUACAACAGUGGUGCACAGAACGGCAUCUCGGAACGCACAACUCGUCUGUCUUUGUCACGGAUGGGCUAUUGCAGCUGACGACCACACCGGGUUCCAACAAGCAGAAGCAGCUCCAGUGGGCAUGUGAUCAUCAACACUGGACAAUUGAGGAGUGGAAAAACAUUGCCUGCUCCAAUGAAUCCCGGUUCCUGUUGCGUCAUGCUGAUUGCAGAGUCAGGAUUUGGCGUAAGCAGCACGAGUCCAUGACCCCAUCCUGCCUGGUGUCAACGGUACAGGCUGGGCAAUGGUGUAAUGGUGUGGGGAAUUUUUCCUGGCACACGUUAGGUCCCUUGGUACCAAUUAUGGAACGUUUCCAUGCUCAAAGAAUUCAGGCUGUUUUGGAGGCAAAGGGGGUCCGACCCGGUACUAGAUGGGUGUACCUAAUAUACUGGCCCGAUUAUUGAAAAAUCCCCUGUGCUCACCAACAGAAUCACAAAAGGUUCUAGUAGAAACACAUUAUAUUAUAUGAAAUGUCUAUUUAAGUAGUCUUAUUAUGGCAUUUACUGAGUUUCUUCUGUUCUUAUUCUUCAGUUAUGAUGAGAUGGCAAAGAAGGACCUGCCAGCAGUGGUCAACCACAUUCUGAAGACCACAGGCCAGGAGCAGAUCUACUAUAUAGGCCACUCUCAGGGAACCACUAUUGGUGAGACGGCUUGAUUUGGUUAUGUGUCAUAUUAAAUGAAGCCAAAUAUGUUUCACCUGUCGUUUGACACUGCUGUCUAUUCUACAUUAUGGUUUACCGUUUUAAACCAUUCAAUGUUUUUCUGACUGUAUGUCUCUGACCCCGUAGCUUUUGUUGCAUUCUCUUCCAUGCCUGAGCUGGCAAGCAAAAUCAAGAUGUUCUUCGGCCUGGCUCCGGUGGCAACUGUGGCUUUCACUGCCAGCCCCAUGAGCAAGCUCUCCAUCUUCCCCGAUUUCCUCAUUUGGGUGAGUAGAAAAGGCUAUUUUUCUAACAUACACUGUAUUAUGUCACAAUUCAUUCACACAAUACGUCCAAUCUGUGGCUUCCUUUUUCUACCCAAUUUUGGCAGACGUUUUAUUUAUCUUGAACAAUCGGUCAGAAUCUUUGAUUAUUUCAAUACUGACUAAUGCUAAUCCAUUGUUUGGUUUCUGUAUGCUAGGAUGUGUUUGGGAAGAAGGACUUCAUGCCUCAGAGUGCUCUUAUCAAGUGGUUCGCCACCAACUUCUGCAGUAAUGAACCUCUUAGUGAGCUAUGUGGAAACCUCUUCUUCGUCCUCUGUGGCUUCGAUGAGCUGAACCUCAACAUGGUGCGUCUCCACAGCUCUCACAUUUUGAUUAUCGCCUUUUUAUUAUUGUACAGUAUUACUGUUGUAGACUUCCUUAAACCUAUUUUCCUCAAGCCAAUUCUAUAGGUAUAAAUGAAGAUGGUGAAGACAUUAAUUUCUAUAUUUAUUUGUUUUUGUCCAGACUCGCACACCUGUGUACACCUCCCACUGCCCAGCAGGGACCUCAGUGCAGAACAUGAUUCACUGGUCUCAGGUAAGAACAUACCUGAUGGGAGCCUAUCAAAAACACCCUAUCCAAUAUGAUUCACCUCACUUCUUCAAACCUAUACAUCCCACCCCAACCCCCAUUUGUUAAAACCUUCAUGUAGGCCUACAGUACAGGCCUAUUUUUUUAUUUUUUAUUUUUUAUUUAACCUUUAUUUAACCAGGUAAGCCAGUUGAGAACAAGUUCUCAUUUACAACUGCGACCUGGCCAAGAUAAAGCAAAGCAGUGCGAUUAAAAACAACAACACAGAGUUACAACACAGAGCUAUAUCCAGGAAGGCGGGGGUGCAGGCAGCACAGUCUGAAUCGAGAAUAAGUUUGCUCUUCUCAAACCACGCAGUUCUAAUAGCUGCUAAACUGUACACAGCCUCCAUUUCCUGAGCCCUAGCCGUGGAAGUAAGACGUCCAGUCAAAGACCAGAGGGAUCAGAGCAGACACAGCUUUGGAUUACGUUCACAGCUACAGUCAGAUGGACUCCCCGACUGACUGAGUCUCCCGGGCAGACUUUACACCCAACACCCUGCUCUGAGCCCCCUGUAUGGGUGCCUUUGAUGUGCCUUUCCCUUUUACACAUCUCAUAUCCUCCCUUACCAACCCCUCUAUACCCCAAGCCUUCACACCCUCUAUACCUCUCCAACCCCUAUACCCAAGCCUCCCUCACCAAAAAACCACUCUAUACCCCCAACCUCACCAAGCCUCCAACUCUAUACCCCAAGCCUCCGCUCACCAACCCCUAUAUACCCCCAAGCCUCCACUCAUCCAACCCCCUAUACCCCCAAGCUCGCUCACACCCCUCUAAGCCUCCACUCACCAACCCCUCUAUAAUCCCAAGCCUCCGCUCACCAACCCCUCUAUACCCCCAAGCCUCCACUCACCAACCCCUCUAUAAUCCCAAGCCUCCGCUCACCAACCCCUCUAUACCCCCAAGCCUCCGCUCACCAACCCCUCUAUACCCCCAAGCCUCCACUCACCAACCCCUCUAUAACCCCAAGCCUCCGCUCACCAACCCCUCUAUAACCCCAAGCUCCGCUCACCAACCCCUCUAUACCCCCAAGCCUCGCUCACCAACCCCUCUAUAUACCCCAAGCCUCCACUCACCAACCCCUCUAUAUACCCCCAAGCCUCGCUCACCAACCCCCUAUAACCCCCAAGCCUCCCUCACCAACCCCUCUAUAAUCCCAAGCCUCCGCUCACCAACCCCUCUAUACCCCCAAGCCUCCACUACCAACCCUCUAUAAUCCCAAGCUCCGCUCACCAACCCUCUAUACCCCAAGCCUCCCUCACCAACCCCUCUAUAUACCCCCAAGCCUCCGCUCACCAACCCUCUAUACCCCAAGCCUCCACUCACCAACCCCUCUAUAUACCCCCAAGCCUCCACUCACCAACCCCUCUAUAUACCCCCAAGCCUCCACUCACAGCCCCUAUAAUACCCCCAAGCCUCCACUCACCAACCCCUCUAUAACCCCAAGCCUCCACUCACCAACCCCUCUAUAACCCCAAGCCUUCCUCACCAACCCCUCUAUAACCCCAAGCUCCAGCUCACCAACCCCUCUAUAUCCCCAAGCCUCCACCACCAACCCCUCUAUAACCCCAAGCCUCCACUCCAUAAUAAACCUCAUAUACCAAAGCCUACUGGAUCUAUCCUACUUAGGUAUUUACAAACUAAUGUAAUUUACAAAAGUUACUAGGGAAAUUUAUGAUACUUUGGAAAAUUGGGAAAAAUUUGAAAAAAGCAUUAAUAAACCAAGCUUUUGGGGUGGCAUACAAACCCAUUGGUUCAACCCGAGAAAGGAAAAUAGGCCUUGAGCAAGGCACUUAACCCUAAUUGCUCCUGUAAGUCGCUCUGGAUAAGAGCGUCUGCUAAAUGACUAAAAUGUAAAUGUAAAUGUAAAUCUUCAAACUAUUGACUUUUUUCACAACUGCCACCAGUUUGGCUCCAAAACAUUUACAACAAAGAAAUACUGACAUAGUAAAAUAAAUAUAAGUGUAAUUUGAAUGGGAUUGAUUUUAUUUUUUAAAUUUAAAAGCAUCUUAUUUUUAUAUUUAAUAUAUUUUACAUGUGAGAAGGCCAAACAGAGCGCCUGAGAUAAUUACAGACAUAUGUGAUAAUCAGAAGUACCCCAAAAUACUUUGAAAGUUACCAAAAUUCUGGUUGUUUACUGGUAAAUUUAGAAAGUUUCCAGUUACAGUUGAAGUCGGAAGUGUACAUACACUUUAGCCAAAUACAUUUAAACUCAGUUUUUCACAAUUCCUGACAUUUAAUCAUUUAAAAUUCCCAGUCUUAGGUCAGUUAGGAUCACCACUUUAUUUUAAGAAUGUGAAAUGCCAGAAUAAUAGUAGAGAGAAUUAUUUAUUUAAGCUUUUAUUUAUUUCAUCACAUUCCCAGUGGGUCAGAAGUUUACAUACAAUCAUUUACAUUUACAUUUUAGUCAUUUAGCAGACGCUCUUAUCCAGAGCGACUUUACAGUUAGUGAGUGCAUACAUUUUAUUUUUAUUUUUAUACUGGCCCCCCGUGGGAAACGAACCCACAACCCUGGCGUUGCAAGCACCAUGCUAUACCAACUGAGCUACACGGGGCCUCAAUUAGUAUUUGGUAGCAUUGCCUUUAAAUUGUUUAACUUGGGUCAAACGUUAGCCUUCCACAAGCUUCCCACAAUAAGUUGGGUGAAUUUUGGCCCAUUCCUCCUGACAGAGCUGGUUUAACUGAGUCAGGUUUGUAGGCCUCCUUGCUCGCACACGCUUUUUCAGUUCUGCCCACAAAUGUUCUAUAGAAUUGAGGUCAGGGCUUUGUGAUGGCCACUCCAAAACCUUGACUUUGUUGUCUUUAAGCCAUUUUGCCACAACUUUGGAAGUAUGCUUAGGGUCAUUGUCCAUUUGGAAGACCCAUUUGCGACCAAGCUUUAACUUCUUGACUGAUGUCUUGAGAUGUUGCUUCAAUAUAUCCACAUCAUUUUCCUUCCUCAUGAUGUCAUCUAUUUUGUGAAGUGCACCAGACCCUCCUGCAGCAAAGCACCCCCACAGCAUGAUGCUGCCACCCCCGUGCGUCACGGUUGGGAUGGUGUUCUUUGGCUUGCAAGAUCCCCCUUUUUCCUCCAAACAUAACGAUGGUCAUUAUUUGUUUCAUCAGAGGACAUUGCUCCAAAAAGUACGAUCUUUGUCCCCAUGUGCAGUUGCAAACUGUAGUCUGGCUUUUUUAUGGCGGUUUUGGAGCAGUGGCUUCUUCCUUGCUGAGCGACCUUUCAGGUUAUGUCGAUAUAGGACUAGUUUUAUUGUGGAUAUACAGUGGGGAAAAAAGGUAUUUAGUCAGCCACCAAUUGUGCAAGUUCUCCCACUUAAAAAGAUGAGAGAGGCCUGUAAUUUCCAUCAUAGGUACACGUCAACUAUGACAGACAAAUUGAGAUUUUUUUUCUCCAGAAAAUCACAUUGUAGGAUUUUUUAUGAAUUUAUUUGCAAAUUAUGGUGGAAAAAUAAGUAUUUGGUCACCUACAAACAAGCAAGAUUUCUGGCACUCACAGACCUGUAACUUCUUCUUUAAGAGGCUCCUCUGUCCUCCACUCGUUACCUGUAUUAAUGGCACCUGUUUGAACUUGUUAUUAGUAUUAAAGACACCUGUCCACAACCUCAAACAGUCACACUCCAAACUCCACUAUGGCCAAGACCAAAGAGCUGUCAAAGGACACCAGAAACAAAAUUGUAGACCUGCACCAGGCUGGGAAGACUGAAUCUGCAAUAGGUAAGCAGCUUGGUUUGAAGAAAUCAACUGUGGGAGCAAUUAUUAGGAAAUGGAAGACAUACAAGACCACUGAUAAUCUCCCUCGAUCUGGAGCUCCACGCAAGAUCUCACCCCGUGGGGUCAAAAUGAUCAAAAGAACGGUGAGCAAAAAUCCCAGAACCACACAGGGGGACCUAGUGAAUGACCUGCAGAGAGCUGGGACCAAAGUAACAAAGCCUACCAUCAGUAACACACUACACCGCCAGGGACUCAAAUCCUGCAGUGCCAGACGUGUCCCCCUGCUUAAGCCAGUACAUGUCCAGGCCCGUCUGAAGUUUGCUAGAGUGCAUUUGGAUGAUCCAGAAGAGGAUUGGGAGAAUGUCAUAUGGUCAGAUGAAACUCGUCGUGUUUGGAGGACAAAGAAUGCUGAGUUGCAUUCAAAGAACACCAUACCUACUGUGAAGCAUGGGGGUGGAAACAUCAUGCUUUGGGGCUGUUUUUCUGCAAAGGGACCAGGACGACUGAUCCGUGUAAAGGAAAGAAUGAAUGGGGCCAUGUAUCGUGAGAUUUUGAGUGAAAACCUCCUUCCAUCAGCAAGGGCAUUGAAGAUGAAACGUGGCUGGGUCUUUCAGCAUGACAAUGAUCCCAAACACACCGCCCGGGCAACAAAGGAGUGGCUUCGUAAGAAGCAUUUCAAGGUCCUGGAGUGGCCUAGCCAGUCUCCAGAUCUCAACCCCAUAGAAAAUCUUUGGAGGGAGUUGAAAGUCCGUGUUGCCCAGCGACAGCCCCAAAACAUCACUGCUCUAGAGGAGAUCUGCAUGGAGGAAUGGGCCAAAAUACCAGCAACAGUGUAUGAAAACCUUGUGAAGACUUACAGAAAACGUUUGACCUGUGUCAUUGCCAACAAAGGGUAUACAACAAAGUAUUGAGAAACUUUUGUUAUUGACCAAAUACUUAUUUUCCACCAUAAUUUGCAAAUACAUUCAUUAAAAAUCCUACAAUGUGAUUUUCUGGAUUUUUUUUCUUCUCAUUUUGUCUGUCAUAGUUGACAUGUACCUAUGAUGAAAAUUACAGGCCUCUCUCAUCUUUUUAAGUGGGAGAACUUGCACAAUUGGUGUCUGACUAAACUUUUUUUCCCCACUGUAGAUACUUUUGUACCGGUUUCCUCCAGCAUCUUCACAAGGUCCUUUACUGUUGUUCUGGGAUUGAUUUGCACUUUUCACACCAAAGUACGUUCAUCUCUAGGAGACAGAACGCGUUUCCUUCCUGAGCGGUAUGACUGCUGCGUGGUCCCAUGGUGUUUAUACUUGCAUACUAUUGUUUGUACAGAUGAACGUGGUACCUUCAGGUGUUUGGAAAUUGCUCCCAAGGAUGAACCAGACUUGUGGAGGUCUACACAUUUAUUUUCUGAGGUCUUGGCUUAUUUCUUUAGAUUUUCCCAUGAUGUCAAGCAAAGAGGCACUGAGUUUGAAGGUAGGCCUUGAAAUACAUUCACAGGUACACCUCCAAUUGACUCAAAUGAUGUCAAUUAGCCUAUCAGAAGCUUCUAAAGCCAUUACAUAAUUUUCUGGAAUUUUCCAAGACAUUCCUGCUGCACACUGACUUAUUGACUCAAACAUGUCCAUUUUCUCCCUCAACGUUUCAGUGUUGUAGAAAUGAAUGAACCUUGAGUAAAGGUCAAUCCCAGAUUUACCAAAGACAACUUUAACCUUACUGAAGGUUACCUAUUGCUGGACAUGGUGCACAUACUAGUCUCCCGUGGGCAGAUUCUGCUUGUAGACCGAAGGAUCUGCCGGGAUUGAAUGGGAUGCGUGAGAUAACGAGCAGCAUUAGUUAUAAAAAAAUUUUUUUGGUCACUGGUUAUUUGGACGUAUCAGGAAGGCGGUGCUUAAACUGCUUCGCCUAGAGUUCUUCGCGUGUGCCUACACGGAUCGGAAGAGGGGGAGGGGGGCGUUUGGCAGAGUAUCCUUUUGCGAGGGUGGAGAUUUCGUCAAUUUCUAACAUGUAUGAACACAGAAGUUGAUCACGCAGCUGACCGAAUUACGUGAGAUUUUACUUCUGGGUUAACAGAGAUUCUACCUUUACAUACAGUACCACCAUGUGUUCAGCUACCUAGAGUCCCAAGUAUUUUUGAUGUGUUUUCUUUUUACAGGCAGUGCAUGGUGGAAAGCUGAUGGCUUAUGACUACGGGAGAGCAGGGAACAUGGCUCACUAUAACCAGGUAAGGCCAGCUCAGAGCUCAUUAGUCUGCCAAAAUACACCCACACCACUUCACACUGAAGUUGUUUUCCAAGGCUGUCAGAAGCUCCUACCUCUUUCUGAAAGUAACUUCUCUUUACUGAUCCGUAUCCACUGUGCCCUUAUGGUCAAUCGAUGCCUUUAACUGACAUCUAGUCCAUUCUUGUCCCCCUCCAGUCGACCCCCCCGCUGUACAACAUCCAGGACAUGAAGGUGCCUACAGCCCUGUGGUCCGGAGGUCACGACACCUUGGCUGACCCUAAGGACAUUGCCGUGCUGCUCACUCAGGUCCCCAACCUGGUGUACCACCGCCACAUUGAGCACUGGGAACACCUGGACUUCAUCUGGGGUCUGGAUGCCCCCCAGGAGAUGUACAGUGAGAUAAUCAAACUGAUGGGCCAGCAGGACUUGGUGUGAACAGUGGAUAGACAGGGAGAAAUAUGGCUAGUUUUAGCCUCAGCUCUCAGCACACUAGCUGAAGAGAUUAAUACUGUAUCUGAAACAUAUUGGGAGACAUAUCGCAGUGCCUGGGUGCGAGUGUGUGUACAAAUGUUUGUGCACUUUGUGUUUGUGACUAUAAGCAUGUGUAGGAGUGAGUUCGCAUGUGUGUUUGAGUAAGCCAUGCACUCAAGGAGUACUAAUCAUUUACCUCUAAAUUGGGAUAGUGAGGAAAACAAGCUGUGAGUUUAAGAUUCAGUGUUGUGAGGAAUCAUCUAUUUUGUGUUUUUAUUGCCACCGUCCUCUUCCAGAACUCUCAAAUGGAUUUUAGAUGUGUAUUUUAAGAAUGCCCCAGGGGCCUCAUGUAACAAUCUUGCGUACGCACGAAAACACGGCGUACGCCAGCUUUCACGUUCACGGUCAGAUGUACUAACAGUGAAAUUAACGUAAGAAUGUGCGUUCUUCCACGUAAACUUCAGGCCUGGCGUACGUACAUUUUUGUGAUGUUUGUCCGUUGGCGACUCAUAGAGGCAAUAAAGUGAAGUGGCAAACAUUACACUACGAACUGUUCUAUCGCACCUGCCAGAUAUUGCUUAUAAUUUGUAAUUGAUAAAUGAUUUGCCAUAUUAUUGUCACACGAGUCUUAUUAGAAUAUUCUAUUAAUUAUGCAAUUAAGUAAGAACAUAUAUAAAGGAUGUGAAAAUUGAUACAACCCGUCUAGCAAUGGCAGCUUUGGCUUUAUUAGAAGACAUUUUCAAUGGACAAAUCCGGAGAGAACGAGUUUUUAGGGACCACGGUGAUUUUCUGGCCCACGACGAUGACUGGCUCAUCAGCCGUUUCAGAUUUCCAAGGGCUAUACUCUUGGAGCUCUGCGCUGAGUUGGGUCCGAAUUUGGAAAGAGAGACAGUGAGGAGCCACGCAUUACCCGUUCCUUUACAGGUGCUUACUACACUUGGUUUCCUAGCAACCGGUUCUUUCCAAAGAGAACUGGCAGACCGCUCAGGAAUAAGCCAGUCGUGUUUGAGCCGUGCAAUGCCACCUGUAUGGGACGGCAUCAUCCGCUUGUCUACCAGGUAUAUAACGUUCCCAUACGAUGCAGGUGACCAGCCAAACAUCAAAGCGCAAUUUGCAGCGAUAGCCGGUUUUCCUAAUGUAAUCGGAGCGAUCGACUGCACACAUAUUGCUAUAAAGGCGCCAUCUGAAGACGAAUUUGCAUAUGUGAAUCGGAAACAUUUCCAUUCAAUAAAUGUGCAGAUUAUAUGUGAUGCACAAAUGCACCUAACAAAUAUUGUGGCAAGGUGGCCUGGGUCAACCCAUGAUUCAUAUAUCCUUACAAACAGCAUGGUUGGGAUGAGACUCCAAGCUGGCAGGGUGCGCGAUGGGUGGCUACUUGGUAAGUUAUGCAUUUAAAUGUAUGGUUCUAUCUAAAAGUAAAAUGUUUGUGUCUGUAAUUAUUAUUACUGCCCAUCAGGAGACAGUGGUUAUCCACUAAAGACGUGGCUGUUAACCCCCCUCACCAACCCACAAACUGACCGAGAGCGCAGAUACAAUGAUGCCCAUUCCCGCACUCGGUCAGUUGUGGAGCGGGCGAUUGGGCAGCUGAAAUGUCGGUGGCGCUGCCUUGACAGGACCGGGGGGAUGCUGUUAUACCGCCCUGACAAGGUUUGCCGCAUCAUACUGGCCUGUGGAGUGCUGCACAAUGUCGCGCACAGGCAUGGCAUACCCCUUGGUGAGGUGGGGGCCCUGCCAGAUGACCCUGACCCAGGACCAGUAUAUGUGCAGCACAAUCAACAAGCCAUUCAGGCCCGUCAACGUGUAAUUGCGACAAUAUAAAUGGUACUCAGACACAAAGUUCAUUUUUUGACCAAUUAUUUUAAUGAAUGGCUUAUUUCUGUGAGUGCGUCAGUGACAUUUUUAAGGUGACUGUUCAUUUCUUCAAUGGCCCUAACAAUUUGUUGUUGUGACUCCAGAACAGCAUGCGUCAAGACACGGCCAGAUGGACGGGCUUCAGCACUGGGGGGAACAUUAGAGACACGGGAGACGCUGGACUGAAUGGGCUCUGGCUGCUCAGGUGGUGCGGACUCUGAGUGCGUGCCAGUGGACGUUCCUGCGGUUCCUAAGUCCAAUUAAACACAGGCACAUCUUAACAGUAAUUUGAGUCUGUUCCUUAUUAAUGGGUACACGCAUUUGCAAUAAAAGCAGUGGAUACGUGAAAUCUCUGGUGUACCUUUUGCUAUAUUGCAUGCAUUUUAAAAUUAAACGGUGGCUGGCUAUGUAUAUCAAAGUUAAGGAAAUAAAUCUGAGUCACCUUGCUGGCAGUCCUGUAGUAUAUCCGAGUCUCCUACAUCAGCGGAUACGAUUCCAGAGAUUAACGUGUCUCCUACAAUAGAGGCAACUCUCUGAUCAAAGGGUGCAAGUUCAUCGGUCCCUGUACCACCGCCUGUUCUGCCCACACUUUGUCGGUGCGCAGCAGUUCUCCGCUUAACUUCCACCUUUAUGUCUGACCAUUUCUUCUUCAGUUCAUUUACGGUGCGACUCUCAGAUCCCACCGCGUUGACGGCAUCAGACAAACUCGCCCACUCUUUUUUCUUUCUUUUGUUAUUAAUUCCAGAGGACAGAUUUCCAAAUAAAAUAUUUUUUCUUGUUUCUACCUCUGAUAGUAGCACCUCUAAUUCGUUUUCAGUGAAAUUUCGUUUCUUGCUUGCUUUAGCCAUGUUCUUGCAGGUUUCUUUUGCCAAAUUGGACUAAUUACCAUAUUUAAAUUGAUUGAAUUGAGGGAGGAGACAGGGUGUGGUGUGGUGCUCGUGCAUGUGCACUCAAUUUCGCGUUGAUUGGGAUGUACAAAGAGAAUGUAUGUGGAAUGCUGCGUACGCAGAGAUUCAUACAUCAGAUUUUUUGGGUGCGUACGCACAUUUAUGGCUUUGUCCGUACGCAAUGUUUUAGUAUGAAUUCAACGCAAGUCUUUGUACAUGAGGCCCCAGGUCUGUGAAAACAUACUAGUAACAAACAUUACAGGUUAUAAUCGAAUAUGAGAUGCAGGUUUUGAAUGUAGCUCAGUCAUUGGUACGUUAUCAUGAUAAAGGUCCAGGGUCCAGUUCAACAUACAGUACCUCUCUCUCUAUAGAACUUGCACUUUUCAAACUGUCAUCACCAGGACUUUAUUGCAGUGUUGUGUUGGUUAAUGUUCCUGUGCCUUUUUAAUCAAACACAGUCAAUUUGGGUUUACCUGUCAUACUGAUACUUGUCAUUUUGUUACUUCCUCAAUGUAUUUUUAUUGGAUCUUUAGGUAAGGAAGGGUGCCGACCAAAGAAUGACUGACGUGUUUGUUCAUUCAUUUUCUACUACUGUUGUGUUAUAAAACUAAUAUAUGCUGCGUUGUAACUAGUGGAUCCAACUACUCAAAUCCAUUAAAUCUGUUGUACAAUUCAA